UCUCCAUUCAACUUUUGGGAAAGUCGCUAUAUAAUUAAUUAAUUAGAUAAUAAGAUACCUUCUCUGUAAAUUAAUAAAAUAAUUCGAUUAUGGCUCAUUCACAAGCAGGAGCUGAUGUCGCUAACGUUGUUAAUCGUUGUAAUUCGGCAAAACAGGAUAAGAAGUUGGAUCUGUCUGGUUGUAAAUUAAUCCAAAUACCUGAAGCAGUAUAUUUUUUAAUGAAGAAUGUUUGUGUUGAGAGUCUAGUUCUCUCUAAUAAUCAAAUUCCACGUCUACCAAAGAAAUUUGGAGUGGUGUUUCCAGGAAUCUCAGAAUUAUGUCUCAAGAAAAACAAAUUCAGUAGUCUUCCAGAUGAGCUACAAGACUUAACAAAUCUCCAGUCUCUAGAUAUAUCCUUCAAUAGCUUCACGUGUAUACCAAAUGCUGUCUACAGAUUACCAAAGCUAGUAAACCUGAAUGCAGAAAACAAUUCAAUAACUGAUGUAGACCAGGAGAAACUCGAAGGUAUGGCUUCUAUAGAAGAAGUGAAUCUGUGUAACAAUCCUAUACCAGCAGACCAGCAGAGAGCCUUGCAGGAUAUUGCAGAGAUUCAUGUCUUAGUCGGAAGCUGAUAAAAGUUUUAUCUGAUAUCUUUUCUUGGAAUCUUAAAUAGGAGAAAGACAAUGAUUUUUGGCAAAAUGAUCAAAGAUGUUCGAUGACUCAACUGAAGAUAUUUUAAUUAAUUUGUUGAUCCCUGCCUUCCUACCGAAAUUAAAGCCAUUUUAUUUAUAUUGUUAACCCCUUCCCAUUAAAACAGCUUAAAUUAUAUGAUGUGAUUUGUACUUAAAUUUUUACUAAAAUCUCCCCAUUUUGAUAUUGCUUUGGCAUAUUGAGCACAGAACAAGUGGAACUGUUUGCCGAUUUAAAGCACCGAAAUAUAUUUUGUGAUCUGAACGAGAAUUUCACUGUUUUUCCCUGUUUUCACUGUGAUAUUUUAAAAUGAAAAACAUACGCAUGUUAUUUAUUUUUUAAAAUAUAAAUUUUAUAUCAUAUUUAUAAAUUUUGGAUUUUCUAAAACAGUUUUUUAUUCUGUUUCUGAGAUAAACUGAAAAUAAACGACACAUUUUUGAUGGAUUGUAGUUAUGAAAGUUUAAUUUUAAUGCAUGUACUAAUGCAGGCCCUUGGUUUCAUUGGUUUGAAUACAGGUAUGAUAGACUUCUAAAUCUGUUCCAUUUUAAUUAAUUAAUAUUCAAAUUACGAUGAACGUAAACAAACAAAGUUUGCUUUAGAAGCGUUGAAAUGUCUUAAAUUGUUUUAGUCAAAGAGAUUGACCCCAGAACUUAUUCUUUGGCGGCCGGCUAUGAUAUGGCCACCAACACUUUUUUCUUCAAAAUAGGUGUAGCUUAUCCUGUUCAGGCUAAUAUUAUUAGCAUUAUCCUGCAUUUGAGAAUUUAAAAUCACUUCUUUAACUUUUUAAUUAAUUAAUAUUCAUAGUUGAGGUUGCAAUCAUACUACUAAAUUUGUGUGGUUAGUUAAGGCUCCGAAAAUAUCUAUAAUAAUAAAUGGCAAGUUUGUGUGUUUAUGAAUUUGUUACUUUAACUCCUCUGAGACUAUCCAACAGACCUUGAUGAAACUUGACAUGUGUAUGGGGCUUAUGCCCAUGUGGUCACUUACGCACUUGGAAUUUUUUUAAAAAAUCGAUUUUU